GUUACCGGCUGGAUUGUAGGUUUGUGGUCUGGGAGAAACACCUGUUAGCAAACCUAAUUACAUACGAGAUACAGUGUUAACAUGGCCACUAAAUGUUCAGUUAGGGCACGAUGGGACAGGAGAGGGGCUGCGAAAAAUGUGGGAAUGCUUGAAAAACAAAUACAGAGCCAAAAAAAAAACAUUCAGUUUUAAACAUUACAUUUAUCAUGAACAGGGAAAAUGGUAAAGCUGUAAUUUGACUUGACUUAUAUGUGCCUUCAACUGUUGUGAACUUUAAGAGUGCAAUCUCACUUUUGACUUUCUCCGAGGUGUUGCAAGCCCAAAUAAACCAGCUGCAUGUGUAGGUUUAGAGGAAAAUAUAACAUUUAAGUAUAAUGUGUGUGCGCACGCUUCUGCAUAACAAUUGUAAUAUAUUGCAAAAAGUACCAAAGAGACUGUUUUGUGCAGGUGAUGACAGUUUAAAGAUGUUACAGUCCAUGGCCAAAGGUAUGAUACACCCAUUACAGUGGGACAUAUUUUUGAAAACAUCUCACAAUUUAUGAGCCUGUUUGCUUCCAUUCAGCCACAAGAGCAUCUCAUUCUAGUUUAUCCGAAAAAGUGCUGGAACAAGAUGGUGAUGUCACAAAUGUCCGUAUGCAAACAUUUUUUUCUCAAUAUUUUAAUCAAUAGCCCACAUUCUGUUCUUGAGUUUUAAACUUUAAAAAGGUCAUCUUCAAACUUUAAAAUCGUAUUAUUUCUUAUUCAUUCAUGAAUAACAGGAAUUGAUACCAAGUGUUCAGGGGCUUUUAGGUUUUAAGCUCAAACCAUUCAAAGCAGCCUCAAUACAACAGUCCUCUGACUGCAAUUUCACAAUCUCAUGUGCAAACGUAAAAUAGAAAAAUAAAAGAAGUCUAGCCCGUGUGUUGCAAGAGCAAUUUCUCCCAUGUAAGCCACUUUAUCUGAGUUUAAAUCACUUUUGGUGUGAUUAGGGUUAAGGGGUUAGGAAAACUAAAUAGACAUUUCUAUUUCUCCUUAAACUUAAUAAAACCUCCUCAGAAUCUGUCCUGGACGCAAACAUCAUAAAGCCACUGAGCGGUACAAUGCAAUUACAGGCUAAUGCGGUCAGAUGUGCUGAUAUUGCAUCACACACCGCAGCCAAAAGCCUUUUUCAGAGUCACACUAAAAUCAGCCUUUGUGUAUGUGUGAGUCUUACAAGGCUGGCAUGCCUGGACACAGUUAAAGUGAGGAGGAAACUGUAGAUUAUCAAAUUCCUCAUGUGUAGACCAGCUGCCCCUGCAUGUGUGUGUGUGUGUGUGUGUGUGUGUGUGUGUGUGUGUGUGUGUUCUGGUUUAGACAGAAGCUGUGGUUUGGCCCUCAUUGGAAGCCCUCUGAGAAGUGCUUAUGUGGCACCUCAGCCACCCUUCAUAAUUACCUGAUGUUGUCUUUCUUCUGUCCCUUUCUGACUUCUUUUCUUGCUUGGCAGAGAUGUAACAUUAACAAAAGAAUUAUCCAGUGUCUGAUUUCAAACCUUAACUGUGACAUAUCAUUAAUAAUCAAGCGUUUUAUAUUGAAAAACCCCUAAAUGAGACAACUUCUACAGAAUCUCUCCACGUCUCCACCUCGGCUUCGGACCCUCCCACCUUUUCUCUUUCCCUGUCUUUAAUUACAGAGCCUCCAAUUGGCUGAAACUUUCGGAAAGAUCUAACCAAUCACGCAUCCUGUUGAGGUGGCCCAUGACCCCUUCAGGUGGUGCUUGCUUGCGUUUUUCUGUGAAAUUUGUAAGGAACGGGCUUGGUUUAAAACCUUGCCACAUCCUUACAUGAGGGCAGUCUGUCAGAAGGGCCACAGAGACAGGGUAGACCAGGAACCUCUAUCAUACCCUCACAAACACACUCGUUGUUUGGACUGAGAGACCCUGUCUGUCGGCUCGAGUCCACCUCUGGAUCCGCGGACACAAGAUAUUUGAAACACAGGAGGAGGUUAAGCCAUGGCUGGAAGGAGGAGAAGCAGUGUCCCUGCUGUGUUCAUCGCUACACUGCUGGCUGUGAUUCUGCUGCCUGCAUUCUUGUCUGCUGGACCAAUUGGGAAAAAGACUAAACGAGAUGCUGGAGAAAGUAUCCAGGAGGUGUCGGCUGCUGCAGAGUUACACAGGAAGCUGAUCCGCAACCGCAGGAACAUCAGCUGGUACAAAGAGAACUCUGACUACUGGGGCUGGUACAAGUACUUCACCGAAAAUGGCAACCAGGAGGCUGUUCAGGAGAUGGACCGCAUCUACCUGGCCUACCUCCAGAACAAGAACCGCGCUGAGGCACGUCGCUCCCACAAGGCGUACUUGCGCCACCUUGGAGACGUCUACAAGUCCUGCUCCGAUUCUGAUGACCCUAACUGCGUGACUUCCUACACCAGUAGACCCAAACCUAAGCCAGAGGCCCCCAAACCUGCCCCUGUGAAAACCUGUGACCCCACCAAGGAUGCUUACUGCCUGUAUGCUGCUUUGGUCCAGGGCAAAAGCCCCUACCUGCCCCUGGUGCUCCCAGCUAACCCAGCAGCAGCCCCUGCCCCAGUGAAGGCCCCCGCCCCAAUGUAUGUCCGCUCUGCUGCUGCAGCAAAGGACCCUCAGUCAGGGUAUUACUACUACGCUCCAUCCGCCGUGCCUUUCCUUACCAAGGUGACCAGCACCAAAUUCCUUGGGGUGACCAUCACUGAUGACCUCACCUGGAAAAUCAACACCACCGCACUAGCGAGGAAAGCCCAGCAGCGCCUGUACUUCAUCCGGAAGCUCAAGCGAGCCGGAGCAUCACCCCCCAUCGUGCUGUACUUUUAUCGAGGCGCCACCGAGAGCUUCCUCAGCUGCGUGUAUUCACGCGCGACGGGUGGUGUCGGGUCGGGAAGGCUGGCAACACCGCCGACCGGCAGAGAGCCGUGCGCUGCAUACUGA